CAAAGUUCUUCUCAAUUUGCAAUAAAAAUAUAUGAAGGAUUGAAUAAUAUAUCAGAAUCUGAUUUGACAUGGCGAGAACCACUAGCUAAUCAAGUAUUAAGUGACGAGUCUAAUUUAAUUCAGAACUUAUCAGGAUCAGCAAAAAAUUCUUUUAUGAGACCGUCGCACAAAAUGUGUGUACAAUUACCUUCCAACAUUCAGGAUAUGUGUACUGACUUUGUGAAAAAUUUUUAUGAUGGUGAUAUGGAAGCAAAUGUUACAGAUGAUAUACUUAAUUCCUUAUGUAAAAUCUGGAGAAAUCUUGCCUUUGAUGAAGAAUUUGCAAAUGCCCAAAGUGAGAGGACCUAUGUGACCGAUGUAAUAGUUCCUCUUAUUCGAAGCUCAUUAAGAAAACUUCCAAUUAAAAAAUAUGCUUUUCUUAGCACAUAA